UUGGUUAGAACUUACAAGUUACAACAAAUUAAAUCUCCAUAAGCCUAAGCCCACGAUUCGAUAUUCAAUUUUCGCAAGUCAGAGCACCGGCCAUUUAAUUAUUUAGGAUUAUAUAAGGUCAAGUUCUCUCUGGUUUCAUAUAUAAAACAUGUGAUGGCAUCGUUGUUCAGAAAGUGUGUCGGUACGAAGAAGAAGAAGAAGAUGGACAGCAACAACAUAGCCAAAAGAUGGCGAGAACUGAGCGGCGAAAAACACUGGAAGGGUCUCAUAGACCCUCUGGACAUGGAUCUUCGCCGCUACAUCAUACACUACGGUGAAAUGGCUCAAGCGGCAUACGAUGCUUUCAACACGGAGAAAGCAUCCAAGUACGCUGGAAGCAGCAGAUACGCGAGGAAGGAUUUCUUCUCCAAAGUUGGUUUGGUGAAUGGCAACCCCUUCACGUAUUCCGUCACCAAGUUUCUGUACGCAACGUCGGAAAUGGACGUCCCUGAAGCCUUCAUCAUAAAGUCGCUUUCGAGGGAGGCUUGGAGCAGGGAAUCGAAUUGGAUAGGGUAUGUUGCGGUGGCCACGGAUGAAGGGAAAGCUGCGUUGGGGAGAAGGGACAUUGUGAUUGCGUGGAGAGGGACAGUGCAGACCUUGGAAUGGGUUAAUGAUCUUCAGUUCCUUUUGGUUCCUGCUCCUAAAGUGUUUGGUAAUAACAAUGAUUCUAAAGUGCACCAGGGUUGGUACUCCAUUUACACUUCUGAAGAUCCACGUUCUCCCUUUAAUAAGACCAGUGCCAGAAGCCAGGUUUUAAGCGAGGUGAGAAGGUUGGUGGAUCUGUAUAAGAAUGAGGAAAUAAGCAUAACCAUAACCGGUCACAGUCUAGGUGCUGCAAUUGCAACCCUUAACGCAGUGGACAUUGUCGCAAAUGGGUACAACAAGCCAAGUACUGAUCCAUCUCGCAAGGCCUCUCCAGUCACAGCCAUUGUGUUUGCCAGCCCAAGAGUUGGCGACACAAACUUUCAGAAGGUUUUUUCUGGCUUCAAAGAUCUCACUACGAUACGCAUUCGAAACGAGUUAGAUAUCGUUCCAAACUACCCUCUUGUCGGGUAUUCGGAUGUGGGUGAGGAGUUGAAGAUCGAUACCCGAAAAUCCACGUUCUUGAAGAGUCCUGGGAAUCCCUCUAGUUGGCAUAACUUGGAGGCUUACAUGCAUGGAGUGGCGGGAACACAAGGGAGCAAAGGAGGGUUCAAACUCGAGGUUCAUCGCGAUAUUGCACUCGUUAAUAAGUCCUUGGAUGCUCUUAAAGAUGAGCUCCUUGUACCAGUUUCAUGGAGGAUCGAAAAGAAUAAGGGUAUGGUUCAACAAAAUGAUGGUUCGUGGAAGCUUAUGGAUCAUGAAGAAGAUGACUUUUGAUCCUUAAUUGAGACUUGCAAUUGCCGUUUGAAGUUUCACUUUCACAUUUGAGGUUGUUGGCCAUUGGAGAAAACAUUAAUUAAUUUGAUUUGUUUCUUGUAUUAUAUAUAACCUUUGUGCAAGACUUAGACGAUAAUUAUUUUGAAAGACUGAUUAUUUGUUGAAUAUAAUAAUGGGCAUGGCAGCAGCUGUCAAAUGUUAUUUGUCGAACUUUGGCAAAUGUGAUUAUUCAUUUGUUAUUAUAUAUGUCAAUUGAAUUUAUAGGAA